GGGGAGAGGCAGGACCUCAAGGGAGCAGAGGACAAACAGGAUACAAGGGGAAUAAAGGAGCUCGGGGCUUUGCAGGGAUUCCUGGCUACUCGGGGGUGCACGGAGCAAGAGGUCCUCGUGGUUUUCCAGGACCAUCAGGACCAACGGGCGAGAUUGGCUCUCCUGGUUUCACGGGUCCACCAGGCCCUCCUGGCAAACUGGGCCCCCUGGGGGUAAAGGGGUUUUUGGGAAUUAAAGGGCCUCCAGGUCAUCAGGGGCCAUCGGGGGUCAGAGGAGCCACUGGACCACAGGGGGAGCGUGGUCCCCGUGGAGCUUUGGGGUUUCCUGGUGUCCUCGGCCCUCAGGGUGAUCCUGGACAACAGGGAUCAAAAGGUCCCAAAGGCGAUCCUGGGGAAAUGGGCGAUGAAGGUGAAAUUGGAGAGCCUGGUCCUCCUGGUUUAAAUGGGGUCAUUGGAAACCCUGGAAAGCCUGGACCCUCAGGUGAUCCCGGAGCCACAGCCAGACGAGGGGAGAACGGCGACCCAGGGUUUAAGGGGGACCAGGGACUGCCAGGUCCUCCAGGAACACAGGGACCUAAGGGGCGUCCAGGGCCAACCGGGUUGCAGGGACUGGCAGCGCCAAAGGGGCCACCAGGACUUCCAGGACCCACUGGAUUUGACGGCACCAUGGGGGAGCAAGGAAAGCAGGGAGACAAAGGACCAAAGGGAGGUCAAGGACCAACUGGUGUCGGAGGAAAUCCUGGCCCUCGAGGUGACAAGGGUCGAGAAGGUAGAGAAGGAUUUUCUGGACUGCCUGGUCCCAUUGGAGAGAGCGGGAAAUCAGGAGAGGCGGGGCUUGAAGGAGAAUAUGUGCAGUCAUGCUCCUGCAAUUUGUGCUUUAGGGUGAGAUGGGCUCACCUGGACCGAAAGGAUACAGAGGACCUCCUGGUGUACAGGGUGGCAUUGGACCGUGGGGUGAGAUUGGGCCAACUGGUCCUCCAGGAGACGGAGGGCCAAGAGGUCCAGCCGGUCCUCCGGGCUAUCUCGGUGAAGAUGGAAUGAAAGGACUGACUGGAGCUGUUGGUGUUGAAGGCGAUAAGGUAGCUCCAGUUACCUUCAGCAGCAGGAACCAGAUGAGCAUCAGUUGUCAAAUCACCGCGAUUUUAUGUUUUACUUUUUCAAUUACUGAUACGAAGCCCAUUGAGACGACUGUUGUUGUGAAUUUGGGCUAUACAAAUAAAAUUAA